AUGUCUGACGACAAAGCGGAAUUCAGAAAUUACUUAGAGCAAUCCGGUGUUGUCGAUUCAAUUAAUAAAGUAUUAAUCAAUUUAUUCGACGAGGUUGACUUACCAAAUGAUCCAAUGGAAUAUAUCAAACAAUAUUUAGGGUGUCCAAAAGGAGUAGAUGCCGCCGCUAUCGCCGCAGAAAAUGCCCGCCUAGAAGAAGAAAUUAAGAAUUUAGAGGAACAGCUCAAAAAGAAGAAAUAA